GUCUUAGCUUCCUCUUGCUCUUUUUGUGUUUUAAUGUUACGGGCUGGUCUCGUCUCUUCUUCGUCUCAUUGGUCCCACAGUGGGAAAGCAGCUGGCAGCUCACCACCUCAGGCUAUCGAAGGCGGAGCUACAACUGCAAAGCUGAACAGCAAGGCGAGCUCACAGACCUACUUCCAGACCUGGUACUGACUCUCGCGGAACAGGACCUGAAACCUGAAUGACUCUGGAAACCCGAAACGCACGCGAGCACGGAAGGAAGAAUUUAAAUCCAAAAGAGGAUCACAGCUGAAGAAAAGAGGAUCACAGCUGGAGACAGUGAGGAAACUCGUUUUGCAAGAUCCUGUUUGUUUGUUUGAGGGGCGAGACUUUGUGUGUGAAGUGAUUUCCUUGUCAGUUCAUGAAAGAUUUACUUGACUGUUCAAAUGGAAAACUCUACCUACCAACUUAUUGAGGACUGCAACGCCACAAACAAGGCGCUGUAUAAAUUCUACGCAGCUGUCAUGAUUGUGAUUUUCAUCUUGGCUUUGCCUCUCAAUGCAUCUGUCCUCCACCUCUUCAUAUUCAAGCUGAAGUUCUGGAAAUCCAACAGCAACAAUAUCUUCCUUUUCAACCUGGUGUUGGCAGACAUUCUCCUGCUCUUCUGCUUGCCCAUAAAGGCGUACAACUUCAUCCAAGGAGAGAGGAGGAGUGAGAACGACGUGGUGUGCAAAGCCAUGCUCUUCAUGCUGUUUUUAAACCGGGGAGCCAGCAUUGCCUUCCUGACCGUCACUUCCAUCGAUCGGUAUUUUAACGUGGUGCAUCCUGGUCGAAAGAAUCUCCUCAGGGCGCUCAAGAAGUCUCCUCAGAUCUCAGUCCUCAUCUGGCUGCUUCUGCUGCCUCUUACCAUCCCCACCAUGCUCAAAACCUUUGAAUGCUGCAACAGCCACAAGACCACUCAGGACGAUACCUUGGUUAAGGAUGUGGUGGACAGUCUGCGGGAAGUGGUCUUCUUUACCCAGAUCGUCAUCCCCUUCGUCAUCCUGGUCUACUGCACGGUGCACAUCGUCAACCGGCUCAGGAAGAAAACGGUCGGGGAUCGGACCAAGCUGAGGAGAGCCGUGUUUCUGGUGACCACUGUCAUGGUGGUCUUCUCCAUCUGCUUCCUCCCAUGCGCCUUAGCCAGGAUGGUUCUGCUGAUCACCCGGAUCGAAAACAUGAGUGAGCCCGCUCAGGAUAAAGCUGCCGUGGCCUUUGACGGCCUCAUGGUCCUCUCCUACAUGGACUGUCUCCUGGAUCCACUGGUCUACUGCUUCUGUAGCACCAAGUUUAAAGCUCUUUAUCUCACCAAUUAUUUCCCAUUCUUAGUGAAAGACGCUCAAGUGCCAACUGAGAGCUCAACAGGAAAUAUGUCGCAUCCUACAUCGCAUCCCACAUGCAAUAACGUCAUUUGAAGUUCAUGGAGAACAGAAGCUUCUGAACGGGGGGCUGCGUGGUGACACAGCAGAGACUGACAGUGAACCCGACCAUGGAGCUACUUUAGGAAAGAGGACUACAAAGACAAGAUGAACAGUCAUUAUUUAAGCUGCUAGUUUCUAUUGAUUGUUAAAUAGAAAUAUAUAGAGGUAACUAUGUAAAUAGGAGGAACUGCUAUGGUUCUUCCAAAGCGUUCUUCAGCAUUGUACAUAUUCUGCAGUCGUGUCUGUGAUGAUGUAAACAUCUAAUGUUACUCACCAGUAGAAAAGGUCCAGUGUGUCCUGAGAGUGACUGUCAAUCAACCUCUGACAACGAGCCAAAAAGUCGCUAACUCAUAGUUCAACUGCUCUGCGGUCAGUCACAGAGAAUCACAGCGCUCGUCUAGUAGACGCUGAGUCUCAAACUGAGUAUUUUCGUGUGCUUCCUGGAUUCUGAAGAGGAGUUUCAGGACUCAUUCGUUGCUCAUUGAACUGUGGGGUGUGCACUGAGGUCUUUUCUAGUUCAGUUUCUAGUUAUUGUCAUGGAUUUUGCAUGUUUUUCAGUCUGUUCACAUUGAUGUAGACUCAUAAAAAUAAUUUCUUUCUUUUUUUUUUUUUAAGUUUGGCCGCCACAGAAAAGCUCUGGCCGCUUGAAAAAUGCAGUGGAGGACCCCUGCCACCCCUCAUGUUAUGAACAGGCUCAAUACAUUAUGAAGUGUAACAUUUUCUGUUUUGAAAUACAUUUUCUACUGAUCAAUAAAUUCUCAGUGAUGGUGAAUAUACAGCGCAGCUGGAGAUCUUUCACAGCGAUCCUGAAUGUGGUUUUAACGUGGCUGUUUUCCCUAUCGUUGACAUUGUUGUCAUGGUGACGUUAACCACUGUAGACAGUGUUGUGUGUUGUGCUAUCAGCUCCUGAAUUGCAGGUACAGAAUGUGUCUCCUUUCUCUCGGACACAGUAACUAAUGUGAAUGUGAGAAUCUGUCUGAGUCAGGAAUAAAUCUAGACUGACUGUCUGAGCCUCGUCUGCCUCGGUUUCCUGCAGGCCCAAAUACAAGAGACAUGACGGUAAUGCACUGAUUAAAUAUUAUUUUUGACCCUGAAUAAA